UCUCAGAAUUUGUUCGGUUCGAUCAACAUCUUCUCCCGGUGCGGUUAUCUUGCCCUGUGCUGUGGAGCACUCUUUUCUUUAUUCGCACGAAACUUUCUCCGGGGAUUUUGUGUCUUUCUCCGCGCCAUUGUCGUCGCGUUAGUAGUUAAACUUCGAACUUUCGUCUGCUUCCAUUUUUAACACAGCUGACCUGGAAAACACAGUUUUCGAUACGCGUUUGUUUUCGAAUAGCUUGAUUGCGAUAAAAACCACAAAGUGAAUAAUCGGGGUUUUCAACAUUGAGCCAUAAGCAGUUGUUUUACAUUGUGCGAUUCCAUUGUACGCUGUUUUACAUAUUCAGUGGCCAUGUAUAAAGUGAACUAGUGACAUCCCGUUACGUAAGCUACUAGCCGUACUUUUGCACUUGAAGCAAAUACCUGUCUGACUACCACAGCUUACGGGUCACCAUCGACAUCAGACGGUAGCAAAAACAACAACAUAUCUCAAGUGAUAUAAAGACAGCAUCAGCGGAACAAACGCGCAAAAUAGGCAGUCGAAGAUCGGAAGCUACCAGAAAGCAACGGCAAAAAUGAACAAUAAAGCCGACGUCAACGCGGACAAGAUGGAUGAAGAAGCAUCGGAUUUUGGCCAGCGGUUCAAUGAAAUGCGUCACCGUAACCAUCUGGUAGAUUGUUCCUUUCGAGUGGACGACAAAAUCUAUAAUUGCCAUAAGCUGAUCCUAUCCGCAGCUAGUCCAGUAUUCGAAGCCAUGUUCUACGGUUCGCUUGCCGAGAAGCAAACUGUUAAAAUCGCAGACAUUCGGCCAAUCGUGUUCGAGCGGAUGUUGGACUUCAUCUACGUAGGAACCGUGGACUUUGACCAUAUUCUUCAUAUUGAAGAAAUCUUGGAGCUUUAUUACUGCGCACAAAAAUACAUGAUCGACAGUCUGCACAAACAGUGCGUUAACUAUUUCGGCAAAAGCAUCAAACCCAACAAUGUACUGAAAAUUCUCGACAUAGCCUAUACGAUGAACCUGGAAGAUAUUAUCUUUUCGUGUUUGUGUGUGCUGAAACACUUCCUGACUUCGGGUAUGAGUCUCAGCAACAUCAUCCUAGAAAGUAGCCAUCAUUUAUCGAAGAGCUGUGUGGAUCUAAUCCUAGAAGAUAACUACGAAGUUAAGGAUAACAUUAUCUGUAUGAUUCGUGCCUGGUGCAUUACGGAAUGUGAACAGAAUCGUCUCGAAGUGAAUAGUGAUAGUCUGAAAACCAUAUUGCAAGAUAUUGAACUUCCGGAUAAGUUGAAAGAUACCAUAAUAGACUGCAGUUUUACCAGUUUCCAACCGGUGACAAAUGAACACAAAUAUCAUUGGACACCAAUCCAGCGAAUUCACUACAAAGCCGUCAGACCCUUGAUCAUCGGCGAUUCGAUGGCCUUCGAAGCCAGUAUCACAUGUAACAGGUUCAUUGUCUUAAAGUCUCUAUCUAUUAACAGUAGACUGACACCGCAAUUACUCCCUAUGGACAAACGUCGCGAUACGUACACGGAGAACAUUGCUGUGGAAAUUUGUUCGAAGUUCAACGGGAGAAUCGAGUCAAUCUACCAGGAGCAACAUCUGAUCUGUGAUGUGCCAUUCAACAACAGCUUAGAUCUGAAACUGGAGAACCAAAUCGUGCUGUUUCCGGACAUUGCCUAUCUGGUACGGCUGAAGUGGGGACCCGACAGUCUGGGUUACGAGUAUCCUAGAAGCAUUUUCUCGUCGUACGGUAAGAGCAAGCAGUUCAGAGUCAACUUCAGCGAGAAUAUCUACGUGGAAACUGAAGGCAGUAUUCUGCACGGGAUCGUUUGUGAUUUGUAUAAGUAAGGCGAGAAAUAUUUCACGUAGACUAUAGGAUUAGCAGGGAAUGAUCCCAAAAAAGUGACAUGCAUUACUAUUUAUCUGAAAUAAAACUCACAAAUUGCUAACAAAGAGCUACUUGAGCUGAGAUAUUUGUUAACAUUUUAAAAUAGGAUUUCAUCAUUAAUCGCAACUAUUAAAUUAUUGAUCGAAGAUUGUCAUUACCUGUAUCAGAUAAUUGAGAAAAAGAACAAAAACUAUGAAAAAAUAAAAAUAAAUUGUGAAAAUAGAA